GAUAAACCUGCGAUGGCCGACGCACAACAAGAACCAGGAAUCCAGAGACGGCCAGUUAGGUCGUGAUAAGUGCUCCUCCCUCUUUGAAGUUUUCGUUCCUCUCACCUAACCGCUUUCCCUUCUCUGCUGCCCUCUCUUCUCCAUCGAGAUCUCCGAUCCGUCUCCUCCAAAUCGUGAAAAUUUCCCCCGAUUGUCCCCUCCAAUCUUUCCGGCUUCCCAGCCGAAACCCUCUUCCAUCCAUCGACGCAUCGAAAUCGAAGUUAUGCCCGUCUCUCAGCCUAUCACCGGCGGCUAUCGCCACAGAUAUGGCUCCAAUCGUGGCGCCGUUGGGCCACCCUAUGGGAGGAUCAUCUCGAUCCCUGGCAUCUCCAAUCCUGCCGCUUCUUCCGAUCCCUGCAGGGAACUCCCCUUCCGUAGAAGACACCAAGAUUUUGUUCUUAACGAUCCCUACGCCGCCCCCGGCGGUCCGCCUCCUUUGAAGAGGAGGAGGAUGAGGUCCGAUGGUUUUACGUGGGACGGUCGCGCUGGUGGUAAUAUAGCGUCCACCAGUAGCAGUUCCUUUCUGCAGCCGCCUAGGAGAGGUGUUGAUGCGCGCUACGGUCCCCCAAGCGCCGGACAGAAUCACGCGCCGGUGAGGUCGGAAGGGGAGAACGCUGCUUUCGUGUCGAGGGAUGAGAUCGAAAGGUGCUCUCCGUCUCGAAAGGAUGGCAUCGAUCCCUUGCUCGAGACACAGCUGCGGUACUCCUACUGCUCGUACCUUCAGAAUCUCGGGAUGAGACUCGAGCUGCCGCAAACUACUAUUGGAACAGCGAUGGUUCUUUGCCACCGCUUCUUUUUCCGGAGGUCCCAUGCUUGCCACGAUAGAUUUAUGAUUGCGACAGCAGCUCUGUUCCUGGCAGCAAAGUCUGAGGAAACACCAUGUGUCUUGAACUCUAUGCUCAGGGCAUCAUGUGAAACUUCUCAAGAACUAGAGCUUUCUUACUAUCCAUACUUGCAUCAUAAGGAUUGGUUUGAGCAAUACCGUGAACGGGUCAUUGAAACUGAACAAAAGAUACUAACUACUCUGGAUUUUGAACUUGAAGUGGAGCACCCAUAUGUCCCUCUUGCAUCAGUACUUAACAAACUUGGACUUUCACAAUCUGUUCUUCUUACAGUCGCUUGGAAUUUUGUCAGUGAAGGGGUUUUCUUCACAAGACUAAUGUGCUAUAUGUGAUAUUCUUAGCUGGAGGAUAUGCGUUCAUGCAAAGCACUUUUUGACGAAUAGCAAGAGUUGGACAAAUAUUAGAUGAAAAGUAUUAAUAUGAUUUUGAAUUGGUUAUCACACAAUUAAUGGAUCUCAAGCACUUUGCAUCACGGGAUCUCUAAUUAUUCUUCUUGAUUUCAGAUGCCUGAAAUCCUUUCCUGGUGACUUGGCAAUUAAACACUAAAGCCAGUCUUCCUAUUUUGUUCUUUGAUUUUCAUUUAAUUUCUUGCUUCCUGUAUUAUGGUCAGAUUUGAUAUCAUCGUCCUCCUGUGUCCCUCGAGUCUUCUACUAUCUUUUGUUUGUGUUAUUUGUUUAGUUGCUCACUCCUGUUCUUUAGUGGAUCUUUUCUGUACAGUCCAAUUCUGCUCUUCUCCAAGUGUCAACUUUUAUAUACUAAUCACAAAGUUGAAACUUAUAGAACCAUUUUUUGUUUAUUUUCUCCUCUCUCUCUCUCUCUCUCUCUCUCUCUUUAUCUCUCUCUCUCUGCCUUCUGUCCUUCCAUAACUAACUGGAAUCAGAACCAAAUCUUAUCCCUUUGCAUCUUUUUUCAGCAUGCAAGUUAAAUGAAAUUUUUUACUUACAGACUUAACACAAUGAUAAUAUACCAGAGCCAGCAAUACUCUUAAGAAUAGGUAGUUCUAUAUAUGUUAUAAUACUAUAAGAGAAUGAUUAAGAACAUAACAUUCCUAAACUUUUGUAGCCAACAGUUUGCCAGUGAUGUCCUUUAUUUCUUAUUUGCAUUGAGGUAAAAACAGGUGUUUGCUAUGUCAUCUGUAUGAGUUCCAAACAGCUUCUUCUAGUAAGGUAUCUUUUUAUGCUAGUAAAAAUAUCAAUAUCCUAAAAUAAUAAAUUGUUUCCCAGAAUGUUUCAUUUACUAGUAUGAGCAUUGCAUGGUCAUCUACAGGUAUAUGUGUGUGGAAUUGAGGGUGAUGGUUGACCGAAAGUUGUUAUAGAUCUCUUGGCUUCCCACAACACCAUGGUGAUCUGGAGUUGAAUUUAAAAUGAUGUCUUGCUUAAGUUCAAUAGGCUGAAUCUUGUUCCAACUACUUAAGGACCAUCGGAUGUGUAAAUACACAUCUAUUAAUUGUUUUUGUUCAAAAUGAGGUACCAAUUAAUACUUCAACCUGCUCAUGAUUCUUGGGCAUGCAUUAGCUAUUCAGGGAAGCAUGUGCAUUGGUAUAUUUUUGCAUAAUGCAGGGUAUCUGAUUAGUUCAUGUUUGACAUACACUGAUAAGCAGAAGCUACAAGCAUCCAGGAGAGAUUUGUUUUCUCUCUCUUUGUGUCACAAAUUUCUACUACUUUCCUGAUUGAGUAUAUGGAUAAUGGGAGGGGGAACUUUGACGGGAGCAUUCCUGAGUUCAGGAAUUGGUGCAUAGUUACCAAAGACAUGCUAUAGUUUAGCUCUAACACAGAAUUUCAACUGAAGAUUCUCAGACUAUAUAUCAGCUGGACUGCUGCUUUGAUAUUUGGUAAGGAGUCUUUGGCAUGUAGGCUUGUUUGUUCUGCUCCAUGAUUCUUAUCCUGUCAUAAUUUUAUAUUUGUUAUCUCAUCCGUUUUGCUUAUGUUAAUUCUUGGAGCACGUCAUGUAACUUGGGACACUAAAACAUUGCCACAGAAAAAUGGUUUGGCUAUUAGCUUAUCAUCUUUAGCUUGUUAUUGCCCCUGAUCAUAACAAUGGACCAAUUGUUUAAUCAAAUGCUUAUGGUUUUAUAAUUUUGCAGAUACCGCAGUUCUCUUUGCCUUCAGUUUAAGCCUCGUCAUAUCGCUGCUGGAGCUGUAUUGCUUGCCGCCAAGUGCCUAAACUA